GCUCCAUGGGAUGGGGAACCUUCCGAUUCUCCUCGAACCUCCCUACUCCGACGUCAUCCGCCUGCCGUGGAUUAUUCAACGCGUUUCGUCGAUUUCCCCACUUGAAAACACAUGUCGAUGCUGUGAGCAUUGAUAUCGAUCCUGAAAUCUAGUCAUUCCAGCAUACCUCUACAAAAUCUCAACGUGGGCUUCUCUAUCGUAGCAGAUGCUAAAGUUGCCGCUCGUAUCAUUUUCAGCGUCGAACAAGUUGGCCAUGCGGACUUGGAGAAGUGGGAGGUGAACCAGUACCUUCAAUCUUCUGGCUGUCCUAUCACACCGGAACUACUACGAGGUCCCGGCGACCUGAAUUGGGGAUUAUCUGGUUCGGGGCGAUUGUCCUGGAGUUGUAGUUGUUGAUGGUUGCAACUGUUUUCUCCCCUCUGAUGUCGAAUGGCUGUAUGAUAUACGUUUGUGUUACGCAUGCCCUAGGUAUUGAUCACACACGAAUGAACAGUUAUCGUGUAUUUAGGGCUACGCUCCAACAUAAGCAAUCGCAUGUGCCCUGGCAGUGUCACUCAAGGCUAGUAUCAUUUCUUCUUGUCAUAUAUAUCAUUCUACCUGGUACAGUUUUCCGAGUCAUUGUUCUCUUGUCGUCCACUCGUACAGUUACACUGAAAUACACCUAUACUGUAGGAGCGUUAGUUGAAUCCUCUCGCGAAUGAUCUCGCUGCAUAUCCCUCGAAAAACACUAUCAGUCAUCUUCUUCGUCUGUCACCAUCAUCCCCAAAGCAUCUGACACCUCCUGCCAUCGAUUCCCACCCAUUCCG